AUGCCGAACUUUCCCACGCUCAGCUCGGUCAUAGAAUCUGUCUGUGAUCUCAUACACGACCUGCCUGCCUCUGUGGCUAAGAAUCCUCCAAAAACUCGAACUAUACCAACCACCACGAUCGAAAAACUACGCACGCUCGGCCGCGAGCUCAGUAGAACUCUCGCCGAAACCGACAUCACACCCCUCCUGGCCCCGGCUCCCUCAGAGCUAUCUGCCAUCAAGGCACAAUUAGACGAACUCACUCACAAAGUCGACAACAUCACUACUCUCCCCAUCCCUAUCCGUACUUCGGGCCAGGAGCCCCCCCGCCCUGCGACUGCCAGCGCAUCGCCGCACGACAAUCACGUGACCGCGCCUUCGGCGCAGCGCCGCGACGCGUCUCUCGACAUUGUCGUCACACCGAAAGUCGCUUCACCCCCGACACUUCUCGAGGAAGCACCAAAGUCGAUUCUGAAGCGACUUAACGAUCGUAUCCGUCGCCACCGCACCCUAAAGGAUCUCUGCCAGCUAGAGGAUGGCUUCACCGCUCCAGUCUUUCGGGCUGUUAUGCCACAAGCUGACGGGUCACUCCGUCUACUGGUCUGCACUCAAACACAGCGCUGCGUACUUGUCGCUCAGACCGACUCAUGGCUGAAGCAAUGCUUACCCACCCAUCAAUUCUCGUACGGUCCUCGCCCACGGGGUCACACUGUGGUUGUACAUGGUGUACCCACUUCAGCCUUCAACCCUCGAGAGUCGAAGGAUGAAGAGCGACUACUUGCCCAAAAUGCACACGCCCUCAAUCCCGAUACUCUGCUCAAUAUCCACUGGCUCAGCCACCAACCGCUCGAGGCUCUACGUGCAGCCAAAUCGCACUCGUCCCUCGUCUUUCACGUCACAUCCCCCGACAUUGCCGAACAACUCGUUGCUUCUCGUAUCUCGAUUGAUGGGGCCCUUCUUCGCACCGAACAUAUCGUGCUGCGCCCAUCGAAAUGCUUCAAUUGCUUCCGCAUUGGCCAUAUCGCUGCCCACUGCCACUACCCAUCAGCCUGUGGUAUCUGUGCAGGGCCCCACCGUACUCUUGAAGGGUGUCCAUGCUCCCGCAACUCCGAACCCUGCACGGACCUCGACAAAUGCACGCACAAGCGCCUUAAGUGUGCCACCCCAGGUUGUGCAGGACAGCACCAUGCGAUGGACCCCAGAUGUCCAAUGACAAUCUAA